AUGGUUCAAAGUUCAACAACGGCGUCUUCAGUUACUGCAAGUAUGGUUCAAAGUUCAACAACGGCGUCAUCAGUUAGUGCAAGUACAGUUCCAAGUUCAACAGUGGCGUCAUCGGUUACUGCAAGUAUAGUUCCUAGUUCUACAACGACGUCAUCGGCUACUGCAAGUAUAGUUCCAAGUUCAACAAUGGCGUCAUCUGUUACUGCAAGUAUGGUUCCAAGUUCCACAACAGUGUCAUCAGUUAGUGCAAGUACAGUUCCAAGUUCCACAACGGCGUCAUCGGCUACUGCAAGUAUAGUUCCAAGUUCAACAACGGCGUCAUCGGCUACUGCAAGUAUAGUUCCAAGUUCAACAAUGACGUCAUCUGUUACUGCAAUUAGUGCAAGUACAGUUCCAAGUUCCACAACGGCGUCAUCGGUUACUGCAAGUAUAGUUCCAAGUUCAACAACGGCGUCAUCGGCUACUGCAAGUAUAGUUCCAAGUUCAACAACGGCGUCUUCAGUUACUGCAAGUAUAGUUCCUAGUUCUACAACGGCGUCAUCGGCUGCUGCAAGUAUAGUUCCAAGUUCAACAAUGGCGUCAUCUGUUACUGCAAUAAAGUUUUAA